UAUUGACCCCACUGAAUUACAUACUUUCAUUCAACGGAAACAAAUCUCCUGUGAUUUUCAGACCCAAACACAAACAGGGUAUUACAAAUACAAAGUUGAGAGGAGCGAGAAAGUGAAGGAAGAGUGAGUGAAAAUGGCGAAUGCAGAAGAAAGUGAAGAAAUGAGUUUGGAGUUUACACCAACUUGGGUUGUUGCUGUUGUUUGUUUCAUUAUUAUCGCCAUUUCUCUUCUUGUUGAACGAUGUAUUCAUUAUGGUGGAAAGUUAUUGAAGAAGAAAAAUCAGAAGCCCCUUUUUGAGGCAUUGCAGAAACUUAAAGAAGAAUUGAUGCUUUUGGGGUUUAUAUCCCUAAUGCUGACAGUAUUGCAAGGGGCAAUCUCUAAAAUGUGUAUUCCUGAGAAAUAUGUCAAGAAUAUGCUUCCAUGUAGUCUUAAGGAGAAAGAGGCACCGGCAACGGUUGAGCACUUAGGCAGGCUCCGGCGGCUUCUGUCUGAAGCGGCCGUAUCUCAGUCUGCUUAUUGUGCCAGCAAGCACAAAGUUCCCUUUUUAUCCGUUGAAGGGCUUCAUCAUUUGCAUAUCUUCAUCUUUGUUUUGGCGGUCGUUCAUGUCACUUUCUCUGUCUUGACCGUCGUUUUUGGGGGAGCAAGAAUACGCCAAUGGAAGCAUUGGGAAGAUGCUAUUGCUAAGGAAAAUUAUGAUACAAACCAGGCGUUGAAACCUGCAGUCACCCAUGUCCAUGACCAUGCAUUCAUACGUGAUCAUUUUGUGGGUGUUGGUGAAAAAUCUUCUAUCUUGCGUUGGAUGCAUUCUUUCAUCAAGCAGUUUUAUGGAGCAGUGACAAAAGCAGAUUACCUGACAUUGCGCAUGGGUUUCAUUAUGACACAUUGCAGAGGAAAUCGCAAAUUUAAUUUUCACAAGUACAUGAUUCGUGCACUGGAAGAUGAUUUUAAGCGGGUUGUUGGUAUAAGCUGGUAUCUUUGGGUAUUUGUGAUCAUCUUCUUGUUGCUGAAUGUCAAUGGUUGGCAUACGUAUUUCUGGAUAGCAUUUAUUCCAUUCAUUCUUCUCCUUGCCGUGGGAACAAAACUGGAGCAUGUUAUAACUGAGCUUGCUCAUGAAGUUGCUGAAAAACACGUUGCCAUAGAAGGGGACCUGGUGGUUAAGCCUUCUGAUGAACAUUUUUGGUUCAGUCGACCUCAGAUUACCCUAUUCCUUAUCCACUUCAUACUAUUCCAAAAUGCAUUUGAGAUAGCAUAUUUCUUUUGGAUAUGGGUGCAAUAUGGUUUUGACUCCUGUAUUAUGGGACAAGUGCGCUACAUUGUACCAAGGCUCAUCAUUGGCGUUAUCAUCCAAGUUCUGUGUAGUUACAGCACUCUACCUCUUUACGCAAUUGUUACCCAGAUGGGAAGCAACUUUAAGAAGGCAAUAUUCGAUGAACAUGUACAAGCUGGUAUCCUAGGAUGGCGUGAGAAGGUAAAGAAGAAGAAAGGUUUGAAAGGGUCGGUUAAUGGCUCCACAACUGGCGAGACAUCCACUGAGGGUUCCGCAACGAGAAUUCAGAUGGCUAGACUUUUCCAGAAGGACAAGGAAGGGAAUGAGAUUCAACCAAGUAGCACAUAAGGAAACACUGGUUGGUACUCAUAUUAAAGCAAACAGUAUAAACCAUUGGUUGGAGUGGGUAGCGAAAAAUUUAACCUCGUUUUAAGUUUCAAGAUGAGGUGUGGUAAAUACCUUUGAUCUUUGGAAAUGAAGGGGUCAUUUUGAUGUGUUUUAUAGGUGGUAGGAAGUACAUGUAGAACAAUAUUUGUAUACGUAUUACUGCAAUUUUGUUUUCCAUGAUCUUGGAUGAGAGUAGUAGGGUACAUAGGUCCAUGUAAGACUGUAAGUGUAUAACCAUAUCAUCUAGCCAAUUAUUUCGAGUAUCAUGACUUGAAACAAAACGCUUAAAUUAUGUACCAGUAUAAUGCUCAAUGCGUACAGCUGUAGCAACUUUGUAUUAGGGGUUACAUAUCUUACUGUGUACAUUAAUCUUAUACAAUUACUGUUGCAUUUUUCUUUGGCAAAAACAA